GCGUGUGUGUGUGUGCGUGUGCGCGCGUGUGCCCGCGCGCGGGGGGUGCGUGUGCGCGCGUGUGAGUGCGGAUCCCACAUUUCCUCCCAUCCCGAGCCUCCCUGUCCGCUCCCACAUCACUCACUGCCUGGCAUCUGACAGCACGGAACCUGCGCCGCUCCGCGCACACACACACACAUCACACACACACCGCGCACACCCGGGCACCGCUCCGCCAUACGGCUCUGCGAGGAGGAGGAGGACAGGACAGGGAAGGGAGGAAGCAGCCAGCCCCACAGUCUCUCCAGAGCUGCCUUUUUAAUAUAUACAGAUCUAUUUUGUUAUUUAUUUAUUACCGUUCUCUGGCACUGUGGGCGCCUUUCAUUUGCUCCUGAGCUUGGAUGUUUGAAUCAAAGCAAAGCAAGUGUUGCAACAGUUAAAAAAAAAAAAAAAAAAAAANGAGAGAGAGAGAGAAAGAGAGAAACCUAGAUCUCUAAAAUAAAAUAAAAACCAAACAGGUUCCUAUCAGUGAAGUGAAGAGGAGGGGGGCAGGGGAGGCUUGAGGGGGGUGCUGGGGAAGCAGCUGAGAGGCAGAGGAACACGGCUCAGGAGCGUCUCAGGGCUCUCGGAUCUGGGGACAGAAGUGAGAUUGGAGAAAGUAGAGCGAUGCCAAGGAGGAAACAGCAAGCACCCAAACGGGCUGCAGGUUAUGUCCAAGAGGAAGAUUUAAAGGAAGAGGAAGACAUAAAGGAGGAGGAAGAGGAUGAUGAUGACAACAACUCCACUGCUCAGCUGCAGGGCAGCAAUGACACUGGCACGGAUGAGGAGCACGAAGUGGGUCCUGAGCAGAAAGGGAACUUCAGUUUCCAGAACUCCCCUGUCAGUCACAUAUCCAACCAGGAUGUGGAGAACGAAUCGCUGCUGAGUGAUGGUAGUGACCAUGUGGCAGAUAUCAAAAACAUCUGCUCCAGGGAGCCCCAGGACCCCAAAAGCAGCGCCCACCCCAAAGCCCAGAGCGAAGCACACGAUUGCAUGGAUAAAAUGACAGCAGUCUAUGCCAACAUCCUGUCGGACUCUUACUGGACGGGCUUGGGGCUGGGUUUCAAGUUGUCCAACUCCGAAAAGAGGAGUUGCGACAACAGGAACGGAGGGAACAAAGCUGAUUUCGAUUGGCACCAAGACGCACUGUCCAAAAGCUUGCAGCAGAAUUUACCUUCCAGGCCUGUCUCCAAGCCCAACCUGUUCAGCUCGGUGCAGCUCUACAGGCAGAGCAGCAAAAUGUGCGGGACUGUGUUCACGGGCGCCAGCCGGUUCCGCUGCCGGCAGUGCAGCGCUGCCUACGACACCUUGGUAGAGCUCACGGUCCACAUGAACGAGACGGGGCACUACCAGGAUGACAACCACAAAAAGGACAAGCACAGACCUACCAGCUACUCCAAGCCCCGGAAAAGGGCCUUCCAGGACAUGGACAAGGAGGAUGCACAAAAAGUUCUGAAGUGUAUGUUCUGUGGUGACUCUUUUGAUUCCCUUCAAGAUCUGAGUGUUCAUAUGAUAAAAACAAAACAUUACCAAAAAGUGCCUUUGAAGGAGCCGGUACCAACCAUUUCUUCAAAAAUGGUCACUCCAGCCAAGAAACGUGUGUUUGAUGUGAACAGGCCUUGCUCCCCCGACUCCACGACGGGGUCCUUCUCCGACACCUUCUCUCAGAAGAACGCGAACCUGCAGCUCUCCUCCAACAACCGCUACGGGUACCAGAACGGGGCCAGCUACACCUGGCAGUUCGAGGCCUGCAAAUCCCAGAUUUUGAAGUGUAUGGAAUGUGGAAGCUCCCACGAUACCUUGCAGCAGCUCACGACCCACAUGAUGGUCACUGGCCAUUUCUUGAAAGUCACGAGUUCAGCUUCGAAGAAAGGAAAGCAACUUGUUCUGGAUCCUUUAGCUGUGGAAAAAAUGCAAUCGCUGUCUGAAGCACCAGGCAGUGACAGCCCCAUUUCAAAAUCAACCAGUAAAUCAUCUGCAGAAUGCAUAGGUCCUGCCUCUGAACUUAAAAAAGAAAGUAAAAAAGAUAAAGCUGAUGAUGCAAACAAAGAUGAGAAAGCAAUGAAAACUGAGGAGUACGAAGACACUCUUCAGAAACCCCUGGAUCCCACAAUGAAAUACCAAUACCUCCGAGAAGAAGAUUUAGAAGAUGGUUCGAAGGGUGGUGGGGACAUUUUAAAGUCCUUGGAGAACACUGUCACGACAGCCAUCAAUAAAGCUCAGAACGGAGCUCCCAGCUGGAGUGCCUAUCCCAGCAUCCACGCAGCUUACCAGCUCUCUGAGGGAGCCAAGCCGUCCUUGCCUGUGGGAUCCCAGGUGCUCCAAAUCAGGCCAACCAUGACCAACAAGUUGAGGCCCAUAGCGCCCAAGUGGAAGGUGAUGCCUCUGGUCCCUAUCUCAGCAAACGUGAGCCAGUGCACUCCAGUGAAGAAGGAGGCUGAGGACAAGGAGGAGGUACAAAAGGACUAUGCUAAGGAGGGUGUCCAGGCUGAGCCGGCCUCCCUCAGCCAGAGCGAGAGGGAACCUCUCCUCAAAGCUGAAGCCUCUGUGGAGCCAAAAAAGACAGAACCGUGUCCCUUGAAAGAAGAAGACAAAAUUAAAGAGGACAGUGGAAAAGAAAAGCCAGUCCUCAAGGAGCCACCAGCAGCUUCUCUCAGUAAUGGCUGUGCUGCUGCCAACCACACCUCGGAGCUGCCCUGCGUGAACCCCCUGAGCGCGCUGCAGUCAGUCCUGAACAAUCACCUGGGCAAAGCCACUGAGCCCUUACAGCCUCAAUCCAACUGCAGCCCCAGCUCUAGCACAAUCUCCAUGUUCCACAAACCCAACCUAAACAUGAUGGAGAAGCCAGUUUUAUCUCCCGCUCCAACCCCACCAAAGCCUGCAAGCGUAUCCAGGCACUAUUUGUUUGAAAACAAUGAUCAGCCUAUUGACCUGACCAAAUCCAAAGGCAAGAAAGCUGAGUCAGCUCAAGCACAAUCUUGCACUUCUCCACCUCAAAAGCACGCUCUGUCUGACAUCGCCGACAUGGUCAAAGUUCUUCCCAAAGCUACCACACCAAAACCUGCUGCAUCCUCAAGGAUCCCGUCCAUGAAGUUGGAAAUAGAUGUCCGACGCUUCGAGGACGUCUCCACGGAAGUCUCCACUCUGCAUAAAAGGAAGGGCAGGCAGUCAAACUGGAACCCUCAGCAUCUGCUCAUUUUGCAAGCUCAGUUUGCUUCCAGCCUCUUCCAGACAUCUGAAGGUAAAUAUUUAUUAUCAGAUCUAGGCCCACAGGAGCGCAUGCAGAUUUCCAAAUUCACUGGACUGUCGAUGACCACCAUCAGCCACUGGCUGGCAAAUGUCAAGUAUCAACUUAGGAAAACCGGAGGAACAAAGUUUUUGAAAAACAUGGACAAAGGACAUCCAGUCUUUUAUUGCAGCGACUGUGCAUCUCAGUUCCGAACCCCCUCUACUUACAUUAGCCACUUAGAAUCCCACCUAGGUUUCCAAAUGAAAGACAUGAACAGGCUGGCUGUGGAGCAGCAAACCAAGGUAGAGCAAGAAAUCUCCAGAGUUUCAGUUCAAAGAUCUCCUGAAACAAUAGCUGGAGAAGAGGACACAGACUCUAAGUUCAAAUGUAAGUUGUGCUGUCGGACAUUUGCGAGCAAACAUGCAGUAAAACUUCAUCUAAGCAAAACACACAGCAAGUCACCAGAACACCAUUCACAAUUUGUAGCAGAAGUGGAUGAAGAAUAACUCUUAAGGUAUGCAUGCUCUAUAGUGAGUUUUCAUUUCAGCAUUUCCAGGAGGCUCCGUCAGGCUCCGUGCUUUGGUAAAAGUAGGGAAACAGUAUAAAAUGCAUCGUGUGUGCUGCGCCGCUCCUCCCUCGCAUGUACACAUCAUUUUAUAACGUUUUCAGGAAGAGAGCUUGCUCAGUGCAAACCCACACUGCCCUACAGAGAAAUGUUGCUGCUUAUUAUUUGCAAAAUAGCUGUUUGCCCAUUUCUCUUUUGUUCCCAAGAAUAAAUCAUUUCACAUCCACUGCACUUCUGUGUGGAAUGUAAGAACUAAGUGCUACUCUUUGCGGUGAGAAUGGAAAAAAAGCAGAUAAAGAGCACUGAAACCCAAAAGGUUAUUACCUCAUUCAGUGCUAGCACACCAGUAAAUCUGAUUUGGAUGGGGGAAAAGAAGAAAAUUCAAAAGUCAAUUAGUAAAUCUCAAUUAUUCCAAGUUUCUCAUAAUCUCAGACACAGCCUUGAGAAUCUAGAAAUAACUCUGAAAAGUUCCUAUCUAGAAGUUCAGUUAUUCUUCUGUUGAUAUUUGGAUGUUCAGUUUUGUAAAAUAUUUUAAUAUUUUACACUUACUUAAGCACUUGCUACUGUGAGUGGCCUUUUUUGUCACAUCAUUUUAACCUCUCUCUCCAUCAUUCCUUUUUUAAUCUUUAAGAUGUUUGAUUAUAUUUUGCUUCAUGUUGGUGGAAGUCAAUCCAUAAACAUCACUGACUUCAGUGCAAGUUCUCGUAUAACCUGGGGGAGUAAAUGCUUAAUUGAGAUUUUUUACAAGCUUAAUAUUUCCAAGACCUGUUAGUAGGAUACUGCUGCAUUAGUGUUGCUAUUUUUUGCUGCAAGAUACACAGUUGCCACAACCAAUGUUUAUAACAUGUAAUGUAAUAUUCAGAUGCCACACCAUUUUUGCAUUUUUAAUUUUACUUGAUUCACAAACUUGAAUAUUCUUGAUUGAAAUAAAUAUGCAGAACAUCAA